AUGUCAUUCCGAAAAACAGGUUAUAAAAUUCCAGUUCUGGAGAAUCUGGGGGCCACUUUGGACCAGUUUGACACAGUGGACUUCUCGGACAACGAAGUUCGCAAACUGGAUGGCUUCCCGCUCCUCAGACGCCUCAAGACCUUGCUGAUGAACAACAACAGGAUCUGUCGCAUCGGAGAGAACCUGGAGCAGAGUCUUCCCCAUCUGCGAGAACUUAUCCUGACCAACAACAACAUCCAGGAGCUGGGCGACUUGGAGCCGCUGGCGUCGGUGAAGACCUUGACUCUGCUCAGGUGAGAAGCGCGAUGCCGGCGAAAGCCGCGCGGUCGGCCGCCGGCCGGGGCCG